UCCCGCGCUCCUCCCCGGAGAAAGGCCACGGCCAAGCGGCAUUUUGCAUCUUUGCAGCACACUUGGACCGCGUUUGACAUUGCACCGCGAGUGGGAUGCUGUCCGCGUGCUGACCCGGGAAGUAAACAAAACUUGGAACUGGCCCGGUAACGUCGAGGGAAGCUGGUAAAGAUGAUGCGAAUCGUGGCCCUCAAUGAGGUGCAGAAUGAGGCGGACACGGACGAGAACGAGGAUGGAAUCCAGGUGACCAAGGAAGCAGAGGAAACGAUCGCUGUUUCGGAGUACAUGCGAGCGCUGUCGUUCAAGCAGAAGGGCAGGGACGCGGACGCGCAGACCCUUUUCAGGGAACUGUUGGAGACUAGAGUGUUGAAUGAGAUCUCCUUCGAUGAUAAGGACGACAAGUUGUUCUCGAUACGCUACAACUGCCAUAAGAAUCUGGCGUUGAUUUAUGAGGAUAAAGGCGAGGAGGAGAAGGCUCUGGAGCAUUUUAUGGAGGCCAUGCAUCUCGAUGACUCUGAUGUCUACACAAUGAACCGUUUGGGUCAGCUAGCCUUAAAGCUGAAACAAGUGAAUUUGGCGGAAUACGCUUUUGAAAAGUGUCUAGCAAAAAACCCAAACCAUUGGCCAGCAGGAGAUGGUAUCCUGCAAGUUAUGUGUCAAAACGAAAACAUCCUGGGGGCAUAUGGUUGGGCCCUGAAAUGGUACAACAAGAAUCCGAAAUAUGAGCGCGCCAUUGACGUUUUGACAGAGAUCAAUGAUACAUUUGGACAUCUUUUGCCGUUUUUCGAGAAGGUUUGGAAUCAAGUCUAUACAACCCCUGCGGAUGCUGUGAAGGUAAGAAAACCAAGUGUGUUUCCGGAAGCCGAUAUCAUCAGCAAUGAACCUGAGCGUAUGAUCACACCAAAUUUGGAUGACUUCAAGGUGGCUGAGCUAAACUGGCUAACAGUCGGGAGGUUCAUUACGUCCUUGUACAAUCACUUAACCGAAACAAAACAAACGAUAAUUUUCAUAAUCACCGUUGACGACAUGCUGAAAGUAAAAGUUGAAGAAGAAUCGCAAAAUGGACACGUUGAAAAACCAGAAGACAUUGAGAUGAAAGCAGAAGGGGAUGGUGUUGAAAGUGGAGUGGUAGAACCAGCGGAGAAUACCAACGAAGACUCAACUGUUUUUAUCGCUCCUUCAUCGGAACCGCCAAGUGGACAGACCUCACAACCAGAUUCAAAUGCUGAGGAUUCCGAUAAUACAAGCAAAGAGGCGGAAUCAGCUAAACCGAAACCUCGACGUAGAUGCAGCGAUUUGAGCUUCCUAGAGCAAUGGGGCUGGCACAAGAAUCGACGAUACUCCUCAAGGAAAAAAAGUCAACAGGAUCGUCCGGAAGUUGAUACAUCGAUUAAUGGUUUUUUGAGAAGGAUUUUAGCGAAGUAUUUCCAGGAAAAUUUCGACGAAGAAUCUCCUUUUCUUGCUGAUGUGAAAAUUGAUGCUGAGUGCGGUUCUAAGCACGAAAAACCUGCUGAAGAGCUGAAGGAAAUUCAGGCGUCGUAUGAGAUAUUUCAGUCACAAACCAAGGCGGAUUUUGAAGAGUUUUUAAAGGAGUUAAAGGCUAAGAGUUUCGAUUUGAUUGCGAUCAUAUUUUUGUGGUUGAAGUACAUUUCAAAGUACUGGGAUCGUCCUAUUACGGAGGAAAUGAAGGAAUUGUAUCAUGAAAUCUUCGAGUUUUAUUUAAAUCAUUAUGACAUGCAGACAUGGAACCAGUUGUCCAAUGACGAGUUCAAUGCCUCGUUCCGAAUGAUGUUGUUCUUCUUGGAAUUGGAUCAUGACAAGGAGCUGAUAAAAGCUAGAGGACAAGUUAGAAACGAGAUCGAUGCACGUUGGAAGAUGCUUUAUUAUCACCUCAUGUUUCACUCAGGGUUCGCUUUUGUGCUGGCCGACGACAUGUAUGAGAAGAAUAUAAUUCGCUUGAUAUGGAUCGACUACUGUUCGGCAAAAUUUGAAAAUGACUUGCAUCGAUCAGUUGAAUGUCUUUCACAUUUGGAGUAUUUGAUUGAAAAACAGGAGCCAAAUUUCAAGAUUGAGUUCCCUAAUUUGAAGGAUGGGCGCUUCGUUGACUUGGAAAGUGUUCGUAAUACAAGGAUUAACUUGCAAAGACGAAUCAGCUUGAACAACGUCAAGAAUCUCUAUGACAGUCACGAUUUCGAGAGUUUGAUUGAAAUCCUCAAGGAUAGCAUGGUCAAUAGUAUUGAAAUAAAAAAUUCAGAUAACACUUGCAUGAAAAUCCAAACACAAAUUGAAGUCCUUUUGGAAUCUUUCUGGAACGUUGGGAGACUCAAUGAAUGCCUAAUUUGGUCCGAGCGGAGUUUAAAGUAUUCAGUGGACAAUCUUCUCUCAGCUCCGACGGAUACCUACCGCUAUCGUGAAUGGGCUGAGUCUGUGAAUUUUAUUCUAAUUUACAUUGAGGAGUUGAUAUUGAAGGAAGGCUAUGAUAUCUUAUGUUGUCUUGAAAAGUAUCAAAGCCGCUUGGUUCAGAGUCUUACGAAAAUUCUCUCCCACCAACUGGAUGUGCCAUUUGAUAAAAACAACAACCCAUACCACCCCAUCAACAUCAAAAGACCUUGGAUUGUUCUGCAACAAGUUUUACAAAGAGACGAGGAUAACAGUCCAGUUGUAAUUAAAGUUCGCAACCCGGACGUGCUGCCAGAAAAUGAAGACAUUGAAGAAUUGAUCCCGCAUACGCUGUUGAUCCUAUUCACUGCCCACGAAUCGCUAGGAAGACGUCAAUGGUGCACUAGAGAUAACGGACAGCUACUACUUUACACAUUAGACAUCAUUGUCCCGAAGCUGCGAGCUCCAUUUCUGGAUGCAUAUAGGGAUUACGUUUUUGAGUAUUUGGAGCAGAUAACUUAUUGCCUGUACGGUUAUCCGCCCAAAAAGCCGAGAUCCCGGCACAUCGAGGAGCAUGACGCUAGUCCAGUAGAGUUGACUUGGAAAAGGGCGAUCCAAUUAUUCGAUAUUUAUCGUCCUGAAACGCUGCCAGAAUUCAAUUCCUAUAAAGGAGAUUCGAUAUCUGCCGACAUGGAGCAACUUCUCCUAAAGAUACUCCCAUUGAUUCCCAGAGAAAUCGAUCCAAACUCAUCUACGGGUCCCAUACGCGAGUUUAUAGCUGGGAAAACAUGCGAGUUGCCACCACGUUUUGAUCUUUUGCCGCAACGGAUUUCAUGCAUCUUUUACUUGCUGGCGGAUUAUUACUUCAAAAGCCGUGAUUUUUCGAAAACUUUACGGUACUAUGUGCUGGAUUUGGCCUGUGAACCCACACGAUUUGAUUCAUGGGCUGGACUGGCACUUUCCAAAGCGAGCAAACUGGAAACUAAGCUAAAUUCAUGCACCCCUUUGGACAUAACUGAUUUUCUGAUCCACUCCGAGAACGCACAACGAUGCUUCGAGCAAUGUAUCAAAUUGAAUCCAGAGCAUACACUCUUCUGGAUAGAAUACGGAUCUUUUGCAUACACGAUUCACUCGUUCUGUUCCCGAAACAUCAAGCAUUCAUGCGACACGUUAUCCAUGGAAAUGUUUGCAUUUGCGGAAGCUCGGAAAGAAGAGUAUUUGAAUGUGGCGUACCAAUGCUUCACAACUGCCGAGAAGAUAAUGCAUCAACAUAAGGAGGACAUAUCACACGAAGAAACUGAUUCGCAUGAUGAGAAAUGGCUGCAUCAUUACAUGCUUGGAAAGAUCGCCGAAAAGCGCAAGGAACAUCCUAAGGUUUAUCUUGAUCACUACGUUCAGGCCGCGAAAUAUUUAUAUGAGAACAAUGCUGCGUAUCCAUUCAAAAUCAACCAUAACAACCCAUCCACGCUAUCCAUAGAGGCCCUUGAGGUAUUCUAUCGCACCACAUCGUCGAUCAUCAAGUAUUUGGAGCAACAUAGUGAAAUAUCCAGAGAAGUUGGCCGACUUUUCCUUCAAGUCCUGAAGGAUCUAGCAAGCAGUCCAUUUGCCUGCAAUCAAGCAAAAAUCGAUAAUACCAGCAUUCUCCUCCACAAAAGAAAACUUGCUGAAAAAGUUGAAAAUUCCGCGAAACAUGCAAAACUUGAAACGUCUGAAACAAAUCCAUCGUUAGUGAUAGUGAAAAGUGCUAGUGAUUGUGUAAAACCUUCACCGCCUCCACCAACGCAACCAGCAUCACAGCCUCCUCAACAAAAAGUCGAAGGUGUUGAAACUAGUAAGGAUAAGGACGAAGCAACUAGUUCAAAUGGGGCGGACGUACCGAAAGCAAAGAGUCGACCUCAUACUCCUAGCGAGGGAAACGAGGGAAAAACGGAGAGUCCAUCUAGACGUGGAUCACAAGAAAGUGGUAUCACCACAACAACAGGCACAGGAACCUCCAGUUCAACAACAUCCUCCAGUGGUUCAGACUCAGACAGCUCAGAUUCCGACAGUUCAGAUUCCGAAAGUGGUAGCUCAACCGAUGAUGAAUCUGAAAAGCCAGAUGAAUCAACUCCUAUGUCCGAAUCUGAACUGGAGCCCAUCUACCGCAGCUGUGUUCGCAACCUGGAAGAAUGUGUAACAAGAUUUUCCGAGCACUACAAAUCCAUUUAUCGUCUUGUCAACCAUUAUUUACGUGCCCCUGAGAAGCUGAGGGAUAUGGAAAUGUGCAAAAAUCUGCUUUUGGGCUCUUACGUAACCAAAUUGGGGAAUCAAAUUAUGGGGCUGUUCGCGGAUCGGAAGAAUAAUAACUUUUUCAAUGGAAUCUGGAGGAUUCCUUCAUCGGAAAUUGACAGACCUGGGAGUUUUUCGGCACAUUUAGUGAAGUGUGUUGUUAUUUUGCUGGAGGUUUUGAAGAAAAGCAAGGAUCAUAAGGUUCUAAUUGAUAUGGCCGUGCAACUUAAUCGUCCGCCUGACAACGACAAGCGCUACAUAAAAGAGAUCGAUCGUAAAGAACUUUGCGAGCAAUCUCUCUCAUUCUGUGUGCAAGUAAUGCGCGAUUGUCUUAAACAAUGCAUGGAAAAACGCAAUGAUGAUGAACUUCUUAACUUGAUUCUGGACAUCUUUAAAACUCAGAAAGUCUGCAAUAAGCACAUUAGUCAAAAGGAAUCACUAUUCGAACAAAUUCUCGUCGAUGCUUACAAAUUUUAUAUCCAAGACAAAGUUACAAAAAUGCCAGACAAUGCAAAUCUCGUUGAUUUGGCCGUGAAAUUAUGCAAUCAGGAGAUUUCCGUACGAAAGAAUCAAGAAAAACAGGCAUUAGCUGCGGCUGCAGCGGCCAAUCAACCCGCUUCGAUGGUGCAAAAUUUAAUGGACACUACCAUCACCGCUGUUUGCAUGCCAUCAACAACAAUUCCAAUGACGACAGCUACGGUAUCUAAACCAGUGACAAUUCCUGGGAUCACGUCAAGGCCCCGUGGGCGCCCGGUUGGUAGUAAGACCGUUAAUAAAAAUAUACCACCGCCAGCAAUUCCUCCAUCGCUUUUCGAUCCGGCCACUAUCGCUGCAUUGUUAUAUAGCAAUCCGGGUUUCAACAAUGCGCUAUCGAAGGAUCCAAACUACAUGAAAACGCUCACUCAAGAAUACUACAAGAUACUACUUGGCAGCCCAUCAAUAUCAUCCUUGCUAUCUUCAAACUUACCGAAAUCCACCCUAUCUUCAACAUUCCCGUCGUCAUCUGCACCACCCCAACCGUCAACAAGCAGUAUGACCUCCACAAAGCCACAGAUUCCACAAUUCGAUAUGAACACAUUAAUGGCAUCGCUUGCGUCCCAAACCGGGAAAUCUGCACCAACAACUCAAUCGUCUUCGUCUACAAUCAAUCUAGGCAGUGGCGAAUUAACAAUUACUCCAACCACUUCUAAACCAACAAUUCCGGGAACGACGAAGGAACCAAAACACUCCUCCUCCGCAUCACUUGCAUCCCAAAUAUUUUCUUCUUCUAUGGCUGGCACUUCGAUUUCAAUGACACGAGUACCCACUCCUAUGCCGGUCACGGGAUCUAAAUCGGACACUUCUAAUCUAUCCAGUUCAUCAGUGUCACAAUUGCCACUUCUUCCUGAUCUACCGAAAUCACUGACCAUAACACCAGCUCCUUCUUUCUCUUCAGAAAAAUUAACAAAGACUCCGACGAGCUCUCCACAAAUGUCCCAACUGUCCAUGUUCCCUGAUAAGUCUAAGGAACCUUCAAAAUAUCCAUCGAAAAGUAAGGCAUCUAAAAAGACCAAUGUCAAUCCAUACGCAAGGCCACCAUCGGCACCGCUUUCAACGUCUCCAUCAAGCUUCCCAGGUGCUUCUGCUGCUCAAUUAAAUAGCCUCUCAGCUCUCGCUCAGCAGAUGCCUUUUAUGGGCAAUUUUAAUUUGCAGAAUUACAAUUCUCAAGUGAAUCUUUUGAAAACAUACGCUGAUUUAUUUACAUCAAUGGGUAUUCCUCCGGCAGCUAGUAUGGGCCCUGCGGGACUAGGUCAGAUCCCCCCAUUCCAAAUGCCGGUACCUCCGAAAAGGUCCACUACUAAGAAGCCCCGAGCCCCCAAAUCUCAGCCGCGUUUCACGUCACCAAGUCAAGCAACUUCAUCCACUGUUCCGACACCACGUCUCCCUGACAGUAUCACUGCUAUCCCAAUACCGCCCACAAAAACUAAACAAUCACCUCAAUCAUUUGUUCCGUCACCGUUUAACGUCCCUUUGUCGAAAUCGCCCAUUCUAGCGCAUUCGUCGCCUAAUCCAUCACCCGGCUUGUCACCUGGUCUAGGGAGUGUAGGCGUGCUAGGAGCUGCACAUCAAAGUACUUCAACCGUUACGCCCCCAACUCUACCCACUCCACCGGGGGCUGGGACGACACUCAUUCAAAGCAGCCCGACAAAGACUUUGCAGCAAAAACUGGCGGAACGACAAAAGGCUAAUGCACUUAAUGAAAGUUCAUCUGCUCAUCGACCCGGAAGUGGAGGAAGUGGCAGUGGCAGUGGUGGAGGUCAACAAGCUUCCAAGAAGAAAGAAGUCGAUGUCAUUAUUUUGGAUUAGAUGCGUCCGCGGAGAGGAUUUCGAUUUGUGUUCAGAUUUGGAGUUUUUGGGUUCAUGAUUGCAGCUUAAUUUUAUUCCGCUUUUAAUCUACUAAAUUUGUUUGAAGACAUACUUAAUGCUUAUACUCGUAUCGCAUAAUCAUGAUAUAAUCUUUUGCUGUUUGAAUAGACACGUAUCUUACAUA